GGCACCUCGGAGACAGCUGCAACCGGCUAGUGGGGUCCUUUUGCGCUGGGCUGAGGAGGAUUAGCUGCUAACAUGCCGACUGUGGGAGUAAAAAGAGAUCUUCUCUUCAAAGCUUUGGGCAGAACAUACACUGACGAAGAGUUUGACGAGCUGUGCUUUGAAUAUGGGCUGGAGCUGGAUGAAAUUACCUCAGAGAAGGAGAUAAUCAGCCGAGAGCAGGGUGACACUAAGGCAUCAGGAGCAUCAGACAUCAUCCUUUACAAGAUCGAUGUACCGGCUAACCGCUAUGACCUGCUGUGUCUGGAGGGUCUGGUCCGUGGACUGCAGAUCUUCAAGAAUAAGCUGGAGGCACCUCACUACAGACGAGUCAGCCCAGUCAGUGGGGAGCCUCAGAAGCUGAUCAUCACUAAGGAGACAGCAGCAGUGCGACCCCAUGCUGUGGCAGCAGUGUUGAGGAACAUCACCUUCACACAGGAGCGCUAUGACAGCUUCAUCGAGCUGCAGGAGAAACUCCACCAAAACAUCUGCAGGAAGAGGAGCUUGGUGGCGAUCGGGACUCAUGACCUGGACACCAUCUCUGGUCCUUUCACGUUCACAGCCAAACCUCCUGGAGACAUCUGCUUCAAACCUCUCAACCAGACCAAAGAGUACACUGCCACCGAGCUCAUGAGCCUCUACAAGACAGACAGCCACUUGAGACAUUACCUUCACAUUAUUGAAGACAAGCCUGUGUAUCCCAUCAUCUACGACAGCAACGGCAUUGUCCUGUCCAUGCCUCCCAUCAUCAAUGGCGACCAUUCAAGAAUCACCCUAAAGACAAAGAACGUCUUCAUUGAGUGCACGGCCACAGAUGUAACCAAGGCAAAGAUCGUCUUGGACAUGAUGGUGACCAUGUUCAGCGAGUAUUGUUCCCAGCCUUUCACGGUGGAGGAGGCUGAGGUGGUGUACCCAGAUGGCAAGACCUGCAUGUACCCGGAGCUGGCUUACAGGAAGGAGAAGCUGUCCGGCGAGUUCGUCAACCGCAAAGUUGGCAUCAAUGAGUCAGCUGAGAACAUCGCCCAGCUGCUGACCAGGAUGUGCCUGCGCUCUCAGGCUACAGGUGUUGGUGAUGAGAUCGAGGUCGAGAUCCCACCCACACGGUCGGACGUCAUCCACGCCUGUGACAUCAUGGAGGACGCCGCCGUCGCCUACGGUUUCAACAACAUCACCCGCACCACGCCACGCACCUACACCAUAGCCAACCAGUUCCCACUGAAUAAACUGACAGAGCUGCUGAGACAAGACCUGGCAGCUGCUGGGUUCACAGAGGCCCUCAACUUUGCCUUGUGCUCUGAAGAAGAUAUAGCAGACAAGCUGGGGAAGAAGAUCUCAGAAACCAAAGCUGUUCACAUCUCUAACCCCAAGACAGCUGAGUUCCAGGUGGCGCGCACCACCUUGCUGCCGGGUCUUCUGAAAACCAUAGCUGCCAACAGGAAGAUGCCCCUUCCCCUCAAACUGUUUGAGAUAUCUGAUGUGGUGCUGAAGGAUGGGACCAAAGAUGUCGGGGCGAGAAACAGCCGGCGUUUCUGUGCCGUUUACUACAACAAGAGCCCGGGCUUCGAGGUGAUCCACGGCCUGCUGGACCGAACCAUGCAGCUGCUGGAGGUGAAGUCUGCCCGAGACGAGGGCUACCACAUCCAGGCUGCAGACGAUGCCACCUUUUUUCCCGGUCGCUGCGCAGAGAUCUUUGUCCGUGGAAAGAGCGUCGGGCGUCUCGGAGUCCUCCACCCGGACGUCAUCAACCGCUUCGAGCUGACCAUGCCCUGCUCGGCCCUGGAGAUGGACAUCGAGCCUUUCCUUGGCCACACUGCUGAAACCCUCCUCACACACGACGUCCCCAUGCAGGAAGUCAUCAAGCACAAGUUCCCCACGCAAAACGAAUGCUCGCACGCUCCGGCCUCCCGCCCAACUUCUACAAAAACUGUGUUUGGUGACAUGAGCACGCCAGCCGGUCUUAAAGCUCUCAAUGAUUUUCUGGCAGACAAAAGCUACAUAGAGGGCUUCGCAGCAUCUCAAGCUGACAUGGCAGUGUUUGACGCCAUCCCUUCUGCUCCAUCGUUGACCUUCUGCCACCUCCUGCGCUGGUACAUGCACAUCCGAUCCUUCCAGAGGGAAAGCGCUAACCUCCCAUCAGCCAAGAGUCAGUUUGUCCUCCCGGCUAUUCCCCCCGCCUCGACAGACAGCGCCAGCGACGAUGACAUAGACCUAUUUGGCUCGGACGACGAGGCAGAGAGCGCAGAGGCGGCUAGAAUCAAGGAGCAGCGCCUCGCCGACUACGCCGCCAAGAAGUCCAAGAAGCCAGCUCUUGUCGCCAAGUCCUCCAUCUUGCUUGACGUAAAGCCCUGGGAUGAUGAGACGGACAUGGCCAAGCUGGAGGAGUGUGUCCGCAGCGUCAGCAUGGACGGGCUGCUGUGGGGGCAGUCCAAGCUGGUCCCAGUGGGCUACGGCAUCAAGAAGCUCCAGAUAGGAUGCGUAGUGGAGGAUGAAAAAGUGGGCACGGAUCUGCUGGAGGAAGCCAUCACUGCCUUUGAGGACUACGUUCAGUCUGUGGAUGUGGCUGCUUUCAACAAGAUCUGAAUCCAGACAGAAUAAAUCUCAUGGUAACAUCUGAUGUUUUCUGGUCUUAGCUUGAGAUACAGGUAAUGUAGUAUGAAACACAGUGUUCAAUAGCUAUUCCAACGUCCAUGUAACAAAACAAUAACCAAAGCUCAGGUCCUUCAUUUAUAAAGACUGUUGAUCCUUUGAUACAAGUACAAAAGCUUCAUGCCCACAAACGUCAAAUAAAGCCAUUCUAACUU